AUGCCUCCAACACGGUGGGAGAAGACGAAAAGCAUAUCAAAAAAAGGCUUCGACAAAGCAUGGGAUACCGUCGACAAGCUAGGCGGGCCCGUCAACCGCCUAUCCAACAAACUAGGCGCCGAAGCCUUCUGGCCCAUGACAAUCGACCGGGAAGCAGAUAAGGCAGCGCGCAUUUUGCGCAGUUUUUGCAAGGAUGGCUUCUACGCUCCCGAGUCAACCAAAGACACCGAUGAGAACGGCAAGAUCAACCGCCCCAAGGGCAAGCAGCGCGUCAUUCAGAAAAUUCCCUCCAAAGUCCUCCGCAACGCCAAGGGUAUCGCCAUCUUCACGACUAUGCGCACGGGUCUGUGGAUGAGUGGCUCGGGUGGAAGUGGCGUGCUGCUCGGUCGCCUCCCCGAGACCGGCGAAUGGAGUCCCCCAUCAGGCAUCAUGCUGCAUACUGCGGGGAUAGGAUUCUUGGCUGGUGUGGAUAUUUAUGACUGCGUGGUCAUUAUCAAUACCUUUGAGGCCUUGGAGGCCUUCAAGAAGUUCCGCUGCACGCUGGGGGGAGAGGUCAGCGCCGCAGCGGGUCCCGUGGGGAUGGGCGGCGUGCUGGAAUCAGAGGUGCAUAAGCGCCAGGCGCCGAUCUGGACAUAUAUGAAGAGCAAAGGGCUGUAUGCUGGGGUUGCCGUCGAUGGCACGAUCAUCAUUGAGCGCACUGACGAGAACGAACGCUUCUACGGGGAGCGCUUGUCCGUAGAUCAGAUCCUGUCAGGCAAAGUCCGACACCCGCCGUAUGAACUCGAAACCCUCAUGCAGACUCUCAAGGCCGCCCAGGGAGACGAAGACGUCGACGAAAGCCUAGUGCCACCACCGGGCGCAACACCAGGCGACAUGGAGUUGGUGGAAGAGGACUUCCACCCCUUUGGUGUACCGGCGCAGGACGACCCGGAUCCUUAUGGAGUGAAGGCGUUGGAGGCGGAGGGCUUGUUCAUCCGCGAGGCCGGCACGAAGGUGAGGCCGAAUCAUGAAAUCUUUGAAUUCCGCCCCAAUCCGGGAAGUCCGAUCUACAGCACGUUCUCGCGGCGCAGCGUGGAUAGCUCGCCGCGGAACAGCUGGCGCGCCAGUGUACUGAGCUCUAAGAGCCAUGCGAGUGUCGAUCGGGGUACCCAGACUGAUGACUCGUCACUAACCGAGCCCACAUCAGUGAGUCGUGCGUCAUCUCGCAGCGCAAAGGAGUCGCCGCCGAUGAGUACCUGGGACGAGGAAGGGGACUCCGCUCGAUGGGACACGGUUGUUAUCCAUGGGGGCGAAGAAGAGCAGGUCAAGGUCCGUCAGUUGGAGGGCGAUGAGGCAGAGAACAGACAGGCUAGUGCCAAUGCUUGUGAUGACAAGAAGGAUGAUUUCGAGGGAGAUGAUGAAGAGGAUGACUAUGAAGUUCACGAGGUCAGCAACGCCAUGGUCACACCGAGGGAGAGCAUGCCAGCCUCGCCAACCAAGCCAGAGGAUCAAUCGCCAGACAGCGAGGCCAAGCGCAUGUCGCCAAGCUUCAUUCGGGCUCGUCUCGUCACGAUCCCGGCCCGUGGCCCGCCCGCUCUGCCCCCGCGUCACCCCCAACACGUCUUUGGCUCUGGUUCGAGCCGCGAGUCUACUUCGCCCACGGCCCAGUCUCACUCCAGCGUCAACACCUCACCCACCACCGAUGUGACUGAAGCGACCGAACAUGGCGAGAGCUUCGAUGCCUUCAAGGCAUCUCCAUUGGCUAAGCAUGUCAAGUCCGCUACUGCGAUCACCCCUGCAGUCGAAGAAGAUGAACGGGAAGAGUUCCUGUCUGCUAAUGGUGAUGAGUCAGAUGCUGAGGACCAUACCAUUACCCUCGAAGAUCGCGAGCCAGAGAUCAAGGAAGUCGUCGAAGCUGAGAAGUCCCCUCAACCCGAGAAGACUCCCAACCUCCCCAAGCUCGCCCCCAAUGUCGAGGAUACACCUGAGGUUGAAGAGACCCUUGACAAGAUUGAAGCAAAGCUUGAAGCCGAGGUUGACCACCCCGAAGGCCAAAAGUCAAACAAGACAUACGCUCAUGUCCUCGCUGACCGCGAGGAACAUGAGGAGUCCCCUGGCGGCACCAAGAUCGACACUACUCUGCCUCACGCCAGGGCUGACUAG